AUGGGCUCCCAGCAAGAGGCGGCCUGCUCCACAGUGCCCUUUGUUGACGUCACGGGCCAAGGCCACCCUCACCAAACCGGCACCUUCAAAGAUGUGCUCGAGCGACUGGGCGUGAACAACAUUCUGGGCGUUCGGGGUGGUGAGGAGCCCGGCACCGCGAGCCAGGAGGACACAAAGGCACUCAAAUGCGAAGUGGCCCCAACAACGGCGGAAAACAGGGAGCUGGGCGGCGCACCCAGCCCAGCGCAUUCCUCAGACCAGCAUGGGUCAGGCGAUACCAAGGAGAAUCGAGGCGGGUCUUUCCUUGACCAAUUUCUGGUGCGAGACGCUGCCACAUUCCAGGCCCAGCUGCUGCAGAGGUCGUCUGGGCCGUUUCCCAGGGUGGGGCCCUCGCCCCUGUCCGCGUCAGAGUCAGAUGGUCAGCCCUCCGCCGAGAGGGUGGAGUCCUUGAGCCAGUGGCUGCCCGUUUCGCCUUGUGCGGCAGACACCCCAACGUCUGCCCUGGCAGGGACCUUCCACUUCCGGUUUCCACGGGACCCGACGUGUCUCACGGACCCAGGCACGACAAGCACUUUCCCCCCAGCUCACGUGCUGGCCGACCUUCCAAAACCGUGCUUUGGAACAGAACACGCAGGACAGCCGCAUGCACCGUCGAGUAAACACAGCUCGAUGCCGAUGGCAGACCAGGGGCUCGACCACCACUUGCCGUUCACAUCUCAGCAGAGUUGGACAAAGGCGGAGGAGGGGCCUGGGCGGUCGGUAUCCAGGCAGUUUUCAAAUGGAUACCUGCUGGAGGCACUGCCACCCGCGGUGGGGUCAGCGCAGCCGCACGUGGACCCAGACCCCAGCCAAGUCGUGUGGCCAUUUUCAAAUGACCUCCGCGCCCCAAACAGGGACCCUUGGCUGCCCCCAAGCACGGACUCUGACCUGCUGGCGAUGAUGCAGGUCGUGGGGCCCCUGGGGUGGUCUUCACUAACUGGGGCUCCCCUGGUGACCGCCCCAGUCGCGGAAGAUGGGAACCUGGCUGGCAAGUCGCCCAGCCGUCGCUUGAGCGGUUCCGGAUCUGCCGGCAGCAGUGGGGUGGGGUGCAAGAGAUCGGCCAGGCAGGGCGCUGGCGCGCGGCUCGCGUCACUUGUGACACAGGAGUCCAAGAGCCUGAAGGAAUGGGAGCAGGAGGCCGUGGAAGCCAGGAGGGCCGCAAAGCGGGCCCAAAAACUGGAAAAGAGGAUAAAGAGGAUGGCAAGAGCGGCAGCGGCCGUGGCCUGUGAUGCGCAAGGAUAUGCUGAUCGCCUUAAAAGAAAGGGCAGGCUACCUAGGCGUGCAAAGGAAAUCAUGGAGGCGAUGAAGCAGACAAUGGACACAAGCCAAGAGGGUCGCCUUACGAGGGGAUUCGAGCCUGGCGAAAAUCUUCUCAACGGUCGUCGUGCACAAAAGAGGAAGCAGCCAGACUCUGAAUUGGAAUCAGAGUCGGACUUGGAAGAAAGCAUGGAGUGCAUGUAUGGAUGUCCUUCCUGCGAUUUCAACUGGGCCGGGUGUCCGAAGUGCCUUGGAAAGAAGCCGCUGGCAAAGCGUCCAGAAGCGAGGUGCAAACCUAAGCAGGCGCGCACAGUGGACGUGCCAUGCGCUCCUAUCUAUCGCCCGGCACAAGAGGAGUUCAGCGAUCCGAUGGCGUACAUCGCUAAAAUCCGUCCAGAGGCCGAAAAAUAUGGCAUAUGCAUGAUUGUCCCCCCCGACCCCUGGGAGCCGCCCUUCAACCUGAAGGAGGAACUGGAGGGAAUAAAACAAGACUUCAAGUUCUGCCCAAAGCUGCAGUCAACGAACAGCCUGUGCGUCCGUCCGGCAGACCUCCGCAGCCCGCAGUCCAGCAGGCCCAGCAGCGACACCGGCUCGUCACCGACCGUCACCGACGACGAGAACGACGAAGACGACGAAGACGACGUGUUCGGCUUCGCCCAGCUCGACGAGCCGCACACCCUCAAGUCCUUCCUGGCGUACGCCAACUGGGCCAAGGCGGCGCACUUCUCCAGUCGUCCGACGAACCAGGCGGACGAACCGACGUCGGGGGCGACGAACUGGACGGACUACCCGAGCGUGAGUGACGUCGAGGGGGAGUUCUGGAGGAUAUUGGGGGGUGUCGGGGCUGAGGAGGAGGACGAGGAGGAGGUGGAGGCGCUGUACGGAUCCGACCUGGAUUCAGGCGCCCUGGGUAGCGGAUUUCCUUGGGGCCCAGAGCCCGAGGAUGAGGCUGGUGGCGGAGCUGCGGACCGCCUGCGGGUAUACAGGCAUCACCCCUGGAAUAUCAACCGCUGGCCCCUGUGUCGCGAGUCCGUCCUGAAGCACGUGGUGGGGGAAGAGCCCAUCACGGGCGUCAUGGUGCCCUGGCUGUACGUCGGCUCGUGCCUAUCAGCCUUCUGCUGGCACAUCGAGGACCACGCACUGUACAGCGUUAACUACAUGCACACGGGCGCCCCAAAGGUGUGGUACGGCGUCCCGGGAGAAGCGGCGGGGCAAUUUGAAGCUGCAAUGCGGGACGCGCUGCCGCACCUCUUCGAGGUGGACACGAACUUGUUACACCGCCUGGUGACGCACCUGUCGCCGGUCGAGCUGCAAGCGAGGGGCGUGCCGGUGGCCAGGUUGGAGCAGAGGCCUGGCAACUUCGUCCUGACCUUCCCUAACGCCUACCACGGCGGGCUCAACUGCGGUUUCAACGUCGCGGAGGCGGUCAACUUCGCGCCGCCCGACUGGCUGCCCCAUGGGUCGGACGCCGUUCUCAAGUACAGGCGCCAGGGCCGCAAGCCCACCUUCUCGCACGACGCCCUGCUGCUGUCCCUGGCGACCGCCGCGGGGACUGACGCGCGGGAUGGCCGUCUUGGGGCCCAGAAGGCGUCUCAGGACCGCUCAACCGGCGCUUUCAGUGGCGGGAACGAUGUCUGUAAAGGUGGGAACGGCGCUUUUGAUGGCGGGAAGGACGCCUAUGAAGGCGGGAGCGACGCUUCUGACGGCGGGAACGACGCCUGUGACGACCGAAACGGCGCCUUUGGUGGCGGUAUCGACGUUCGCAAAGAUAAAAACGGCAUUUUGGGUGGCGGGAAUGGCACCUGUGAAGGUGAAAACAGCGGAUCUGAUGGCCGGGGCGAUGGUUGCGAACGGGGAAGCGGCGCCUUGGAUCGAGACAACCGCACCUGUGAAGGUGGAAAUGGCGCCUGUGACGGUGGGGACGACGCUUGUGCCGGCGGAAACGGCGCUUUGGAUGGCGGGCACGACGCUUCUGGCGGUGGCGGCGGCUGUUCCGCUGGGGGCGGUUCUGCAGAAGGUGCCGGUAGUGCGAGGCUUGAAGGAAGGGAGUGCGCUGAAGGCGGGGGCUGCGGCGCGGUCUCGAAUCCGCGAUGCGGGGUUGCCGCAGUGGAUGCGGUCGCAGAAGAUGCGGUGGGAGGACGGGGAGUCGACGGGAGCGGCCGCGGGGCCGUUUGUGCCAACCCUGUUGGGGGACAAGGGUUGGGUGGCGGGGCCGAGGAAAAAAUCAUGGAUGGGGGAUCCACGGCGAACAGAGGCACGACCGCCGGGGAGUCCGGCAAGGGAGGCGGGGAAGGCGCGCCGCGCGGUGUGUGCGCGCUGGCGAUCAAGUACGGGAUCGCGGAGCUGGACGUGAGGAUCGAGCAGGAGGCGCGCCGCCGGGGGGCAGCCAGGGGUGUAGGCGUUGAGAAGGAGAGGAGGAUGACGGGCGGUCUGCAUGCCAAAGACGGUGGAGGAGUCCACACUGACACCACGGACGUCGACUGUGGGCUGUGCAAGGCCGACCUGCAUUUGUCAUCUGUGGUGUCGCCUAUGGCUCCUGGCAUCGCCGUCUGUCCUGACCACGCAGCAGCGCUCCCGGGCCAGAGGAUUCUCUUGUACAGGCACACCCUGGACGAACUGCGGUCGAUGGUAUCCUCCGCCCUGACAGCCUUUCCCGACGCCAGCGCCUUCAUCCGCGCCGCCCAAGCCCGCGCGUCCACCCCCUCCUCGACGUCCAUCCGCGCCCUGGGCCCGCUGUACCGGCCGGACGACCCUGGUCCUCCGGUCCCAGCCGGCGGGCCCCAGUGCCCCGGCUCCUCGCCCGGAACCCGGGGUCCAGGGGACACGCCUCCCGCGAAGCGCCCCCGUCAGGGCGCGCGUGCGGCGGGCGACGACUUGGCCAACGCUCGCGGCCCGGGUCCCGAUCCAUGA